AUGGCCCGUUUCAAAACGAAGAAGGCCAUUCAACGUGCUCAUGAAAGCCCACUUUUGACAAUACCGCUAGAAAUCCGCUUCCUCAUUUUUGAUCUCAUUUUUCUUGGAUCUCCAGAAGAGGAUACCAGAGGUAUAGACUUUGGCAACAGAAACGAACCUGCAAAUGAGAGGAGGAACUUCUCCGCAGUGUCUGAUUUCCUGCCAGAUGGGACGAAGGUUCUUAGAUAUUAUCCCCAGCUUUUAUGCUUCAUCUUCUGCGUCAAUAGGCAAUUACAUGAUGAAUUUAUAAUAUUCAUUGACACGAAAGGCUUCAAGACUCAGCAGCUUGAAUUAAGACAUCAACCUCGCAUGCCUGCAGAAGCCUUACACUUCUUCCGAUCGAGUCUGAGCUAUCCUGGCAUUCAAGAGAUCAGACUUCUCAUUCGCCCUGAUCGUGGCUACCAAGAUCUUCAUAUCGUCAAUUGGAUUGUCAUGGUGGUAUACAUUCUUCAGCAAGUUGUCCGCCUUACCUGCACGACCUUGCAGGUAGAAAUAGAUGCCCAUGAGCAGGACGUUGAGUUUCGUCGCAGUCCGCGGUCUCCAAUCGUCACUGAUGACAGAGGCGAUUGCAAGAUGUCCAUAGAUAUCAAAAGUUGUGAAGUUGAGCAAGGUAGCGGAUAUCUCGAUCAAUUUCUUCGCAAGAAGACUGCCAGAGCGCUCAAUGCCCUCAAAAAGUCAGAUACACGCCGACCAUCCGCAAAUAGCUCACAACAUGUGUUACGAGCUUUUAAAAUCAGCUUCAAACGAAAGAAACUUAUUAUUAUCGAUCAAUAA